AAUCGUCUAUCUAAAGGUAAACAGAUUGGUUCAGAGUGGUCUCAGUGGCUACAGACCAACGGAACGGUCAACGGUGCAUUGUCGUUGAAGCGGUUUCGUUCGUUCUGUCAUGCGAAGUUCGACAACGACGAAAUAACAUUGGAGACCUACAUACGAAGCGAAGCAAAGACUCAUGUACAUUCUGUGACUCUUGAAUGGCGCAUUAGAUAUUUUAAGAUUUGCUGUUUUUCAGUGAUCUCGGGUACAUGGGGUAGCUGGCUAAGCUGGUCGGACUGCAGUAGGUCAUGUGGCCGAGGUCUUCAGUACCGGAGCCGAGUUUGUCCCGCACCGCUGAGUAGCAAGGCGUGUAUCGGUGUAUCCAGAGAGAGCAGAGAGUGUGGCCUCGAACCGUGUAAAGCUUUCUGGUCUUGUUGGAGCGAGUUCAGUUCCUGCAGUCAGACUUGUGGAAAUGGAGUCAAACAUCGAGAACGCACCUGUGUACGGACGACUGACUCAGAUGUACCAUGCACCGGGGAAGAUUCUCAGACAGUCGCCUGCAAUGAACGUCCUUGUUUGCAUGGUAAAACAUUUGUGUGA